CACACAAUGCACGGAAUGGAUAGAUUCUCACUGAGGGACUAGAGAAGCAGGGUAAAAUGGUGCAAAAUGCACAGAAAGUGCAGUUAAAGGCAUCCAGCAAGAGAGGGAAUGCUUUUCUGGAACCAUCUCAUGAGAAGAUUCAGCAUGGCCUAAGUCUUCUCAGGGCCCUGAUAUAACCUUUUUAAACGCAAUAACAACUGUUUUGUGAAUCAAGAUCUCGUGGAGUCCAUUAUGUAAAUUCACCCCUGCAGCCCUCCUGAGACAGAAGACUGAAACAUGAGUGUGCUCAAAGCUGUGUGGCCCUCUGGCCCAUGCCCUCUGUCUGCACGGAUCUAGCACCUCUUAUACACCACUGAAGCAGGGUACAGCAGCAGGAGAGCUGGCUGGAGCAGGCAGAGGAAAAAGACGCAGUCGUGGAGGAAAGAAGAUUCCUACAUCCACAGGAUUAUAUUUGCUUCUGGAAUACUGCAAUUAUUUGGAAUAUUGUGAUAUUUUGGGAAAUCACUAUAAUUUGGAAUACCAGGAAUAUUGUUUCCUUGCCAUCAUGAAGGUGAGCCGCACUUCUUGCCUAUGUCCUGUGCUUCUGUGUCUGUGUUUCCUGGAGGGGGGUUAUGGGGCAACCCACCAUGGGCAAGCCAGACUGAUCUCCAGAAACCACAACCUGACCCAUAAUCACAACCAGACUAAAGAUGGGGAGACAGAGGUCCACCACAGGCCAAAGCGAGGCUGGAUAUGGAACCAGUUCUUUGUCCUGGAGGAGCACAUGGGUCCAGAGGCACAAUAUGUGGGGAAGCUUCACUCAAAUUCCGACAAAGGGGAUGGUUCAGUCAGGUACAUCCUAAGUGGAGAUGGAGCAGGAACUAUCUUCAUCAUCAAUGAGGUAACGGGAGAUAUCCAUGCCACCAAGAGUCUGGACCGGGAGAAGAAGUCACAUUAUGUUCUCCAUGCUCAGGCAAUUGACCUCAACACCAACAAACCCUUGGAACCAGAGUCAGAGUUCAUUAUCAAAGUACAAGACAUUAAUGACAAUGCACCCAAAUUCCCUGAUGGCCCAUUCGUCACAUCAGUGCCAGAGAUGUCAGAAGUUGGUACAUCAGUAUUCCAAGUGACAGCAACAGAUGCUGAUGACCCCACUUAUGGCAACAGUGCACGGGUGGUGUAUAGCAUUUUGCAUGGACAGCCAUACUUCUCCGUGGACCCCAAAACAGGAAUAAUAAGAACAGCAUUGCCCAAUAUGAAUCGAGAAGCAAGAGAGCACUAUGCAGUGGUUAUCCAGGCCAAGGACAUGGCAGGUCAGGUGGGGGGGCUGUCCGGUUCCACCAUGGUUAACAUCACACUAACCGACGUCAACGAUAACCCACCCAAAUUCCCCCAGAAAAACUACCAGGUGUUUGUCCCCGAGUCGGCUCAGGUGGGCAAGCCAGUGGGAAAGAUCAAAGCCAACGAUGAAGAUGUAGGGGUCAAUGCUGAAAUCAAAUACAGCAUCCUGAACCCUGAGGGAGCCAGCAUGUUUUCCAUCUCUACAGACAAAGACACAAAAGAGGGCAUCAUUAGUCUUAGAAAGCCCCUUAAUUAUGAAAAGAAGCGACAGUACACUCUUCACAUUGUAGCCGAGAAUACCCACCUGGACCCUCGCUUCUCCUAUUUGGGAACAUUCAAGGAUGAUGCUACUCUCAAGAUAACAGUGGGUGAUGUGAAUGAACCUCCUGUUUUCUCGAUGGAUUACUAUAUUAUGGAUGUGUAUGAGAAUGCCCAGAUCGGGACAGAGGUGGGGGCAGUAACUGCACAUGACCCAGACAGCAAGAACAGUCCAGUCAGAUAUUUCAUUGAACGUGAUGAGAAGGGAGAGGGGUAUUUCAACAUCGAGUCUGUCAGUGGAGUCAUCAGAACCACUCAGCUUCUGGACAGAGAAGACAUACCUUGGCACAACAUCACUGUAAUGGCAACAGAAGAGGAUAACCCAAGUCUUCAGAGUCAUGUCCCUGUGACAAUCCAGGUACUGGACAUAAAUGACAAUGCCCCAGAGAUCAGCAUAGAGGAGGAAAUCAUAAUUUGUGAAAGCACCAGAGCAGGACAGGUCAUACAGACUUUCACUGCUGUGGAUAAGGAUGACUUUGCAAAUGGACAGAGGUUUUAUUUCUCUUUCCCUGGGGGAAUUCCAGUUAAUCCCAACUUUACCUUAAAGGACAAUGAAGACAGUACGGCCAGCAUUGUGGCCCGUCGCCGCCGGUUCCACAGACUCACUCAGGAGCUGUACGAGCUGCCGGUGGUAGUGUGGGACGGAGGCGAGCCCCUCCUGAGCAGCACCAGCACGCUAACCUUGCAUGUGUGCCCAUGCCAGCGUGGCACCAGGCCUAGGGUGUGCCAGGGUGAGGCCUUCCUCUCCUCAGCUGGCCUCAGCACAGGGGCGCUCAUCGCCAUCCUUCUGUGUGUGCUCAUACUACUGGCGAUUGUGAUCCUGUUCAUCACUUUGCGACGAAGCAAGAAGGAGCCAUUGGUAAUCUCAGAAGAGGACAUUCGGGAAAAUGUGGUUACCUAUGAUGAUGAGGGGGGUGGAGAGGAGGACACAGAGGCCUUUGACAUCAUCGCACUGCGCAACCCAUCUGCCGCAGAGGAACUCAAGUUCCGAAGAGACAUACGGCCCGAGGGUGGGCGCCCCGGGUCGUCAAGGAGACUGCCCUGUCGCCAUGGUAGUGAGCAACAUAGCCCCUCCUUCCUGGAAACAGAUGAAGAAAUGGAUGUUCAUGACUUUCUCAGUCAGAGACUUGAGGAGGCAGACCAGGACACCAGUGUACCGCCUUAUGAUUCAUUACAGACCUACGCAUAUGAAGGCCAAGGGUCACCAGCAGGUUCAAUCAGCUCCAUUGGAUCAGGUGGAAUCCAUUUUGAACAGGAUUACAAUUUUUUGGAUGACUGGGGUCAAGAAUUUCAAAAACUAGCUGGACACUGUGGAGAAGAAAUUGACAUAGAUGCCGAAUCCAAUGUGAAAGAAGCAGACAAACAGACUUAAUUAAAAAAAAAAAAAAAAAAUCUGUCACACAAUUCACACAAACAAAAGACAAAAUGCUCUUUUGCUACCCUGGCUUUCAUUGAUUUAUCAAUAAAGUGAAAUGUUCUUGGACUACUAUCCCUCUGAACAAUCAAGUCAGCAAUAAAGAUAGACUGACUUGCAUUUUUCUUCUCAAGCCUGUGGAUCUUUGAAACUGUUGGUCCUAAGAGGGAAGAAUGGGAGAUCAUUAAAAAGGUAAAACAAUAAUGGAAAAAGGAAAAUAUUUUCCCUGGUGUAUAUUUUUUAUUGCUCAAUAAAGUCCUACA